AUGUUGACCAAGCAGACGCUCACAUCCUGGAACUGGAGAGACGCCGCGGACGCUAGUUUCGCUGGCCGGCUGGAUGCUCCCACCACCAAUAUCCAUCUUGACCUCCUGGCCGCUGGACUCAUUCCGGACCCGUUCGUUGGCCAGAACGAGGCAGAUCUGCAAUGGAUUCAACACAAGACCUGGGUCUACACAACCAACUUCAAGGCUGCGCCUGUAGCCACAGAGGAGCUCGCAGACCUGGUGUUUGAGGGCCUUGACACGUUUGCCACGGUCAAGCUCAACGGGUCUGAGAUACUUAGAACGGAGAACAUGUUCAUCGGCCACCGUGUUGAUGUGAGACAUCUUUUAAAGCCAGAGAACGAGUUAGAGAUCACGUUUGAAUCUGCGUAUGACAAGGGAGAGGCUUUGCGCGCAAAGUACGGUGAUCGUAUCUGUUGGAACGGCCACUAUGGUCGAAUCUACGUGCGCAAGGCGCAAUAUCACUUUGGCUGGGACUGGGGCCCCUCCUUUAUGACAUGCGGACCAUGGAAACCUGUUAGCCUCGAGCGGUACACCUCCCGUAUCGACGACAUCCAUGUCGAUAUUGAUCUUGCAGACGACUUUACUCAGGCCGUCCUGAAAAUCGCCAUAGACGUGGAGCCUAAAGUCGAGCAUCACUCGGUCGAGGUUGAGCUCAAGCGGCCAGACGGGUCUGUCAUCAGUACCACCCAAGCUGUGAAUGGAUCAACCAGCAUCCCGGUGACCCAGCCGCAAUUGUGGUACCCACACACGCAUGGAGCACAGCCUUUGUAUCAACUGCAAGUUUGGUUGCGGUCAGCUGCUGGAAGAGUGUUGCACACAAAAGCUCAGACUAUCGGUUUUCGACGCGUCGAACUCAUACAAGACCCACUCAAAGAGGGAACAUCAUUCUACUUCAGAGUGAACGGAAUUCCAAUCUUCGCUGGUGGAAGCAAUUGGAUUCCAGGCGACAACUUCCUUCCUCGCAUGACGCCAGACAGGUACAAGCGUUGGAUCGAGAUUGCCGUCAGAGGCAACCAGAACAUGAUCCGAAUCUGGGGUGGUGGAAUCUAUGAAGACGACGCAUUCUACGCCGAGUGUGACAGACAAGGCGUGCUCGUCUGGCAGGAUUUCUUGUUCGCCUGUGGAAACUAUCCUACCGACAAGUGGUUUAUCGACAGUGUCACAGAGGAGGCAGCUCAGAACAUCAGGCGUCUGAGAUCGCACCCAUCCCUUGCCAUCUGGGCAGGCAACAACGAAGACUAUCAGGUCGCCAACGAGGGACUGAAGCAUGACAUGCAAAUGCCGGAAGAGCAGUGGGCCAAGUCAACAUUCGGCGCUCGAGUCACCUACGAGAGAACGCUGCCCGAUCUUGUGCAGAAGUACUCUCCUGGCGCCAUUUACUGGCCCGGGUCGCCAUUCGGUGGUGUCGACAACAACAGCGACCGCACCAUCGGAGAUGUCCACAUUUGGAAUGUUUCAAGUGGCAUGCUUUUGCCCUACCAGAGAUAUCCCGACGUGCCCGCUCGGUUUAUAUCAGAGUUUGGAAUGAUCUCUUGUCCGUCCGUGGCCACCGUAAAAGAGACCUUCUUUGGAGACGACGAAGAUCAACACGUGCAAAGCAAGUCUUUUGAAUUCCACAACAAAGCCCACGGUUACGAAAAGCGCAUGUUCACGUGUAUUGGUGAGAGCGUCAGGAUGUCUUUCGAGCUUGAGCCGUUCGUCUACCUCUCACAGCUUGUCCAAGGCGAGGCAAUGUACUACGCAUACCGCGGCUGGCGCCGCCUUUUUGAGGGACGCGAGUGUGGAGGUACCCUUGUCUGGCAGCUGGGUGACUCCUGGCCCGUGACUAGCUGGGCUAUUGUCGAUCAUUUUGAGCGCCCCAAGAUGGCUUACUAUACUAUUGCUCGCGCUAUGCGAAACGUUGGCACCGGCAUCUCGCGCAAGUUGAAGGUCAACCCCAGGCCGAACCAUCAGCAUGAGGCCUUCUGCAACGGCAAGAUCAAAGCAGACGCUGCAGGUGUUAUUGCACAUGCUACCCCUCAUAUCUAUCCCAAAAGGGAGUCCAUAUUCUCAGUAUGGAUCGCAAACGCUACCACCGAUAUCCAGACGCUCAAGAGUCGCGUGAGGUUUAUCAGCAUUAAGACUGGAAAGGAAGUGCGCGACGCUGUUGAGCAAAUUAUCGAGGCUAAGGCGACUGGAACGACCGAUAUCAUCAGUGAUGCUGAAGGCCCUGAAGCUGAGCCUACCGUCAUUGUAUCCGAGAUAUAUGACGCAAACGGAGUCCUUGUUUCUCAUGACGUGGACUGGCCUCAGCCCCUCAAGCAUCUCACCUUCCCCGACCGGGAGCUGAAGGUCGAGGUACGAGGUGAAGACUUGAUCAUUUCUGCCGCGAGACCAGUCAAAGGAUUGUGGUUUACCAACGUUGGUGUGCACUUCAGUGAUAAUGCACUCGAUGUCGUUCCUGGUCAAAAGCUGCGGGUGGUUGCACCAGGCUUACAGGAGGGGCUGCAAUGGAGAUAUUACGGUAUGUAG